AUGGCACGCAACUCGACUGGGACCGUGCACUUCAUGAUGCAAGCAAGCAUUCGACCCUCAGUGGCAGGCUAUGUUGCCAAAGGUAUCGCCCUUUGCGGGAAACAGCAGAUCUGGGAAGCGACGACAGCCUUUGACCUUGUGUUCACAUUCACGUUCGCGAAUGGAGAUUUAAAGACCUCUUUCCUUUUAUUGGUCAUCGCGCUCUUCAUUGCAAAUAAACAUGAAGAGGACAAUGUUAGCUCAGUCCAAGGGCUAGCUGCCCGGCCCAAUGCCGAUCUUCUCGCUGCUCGUGUCAUGGAAGCGUAUUUACGGGUCCGCCUGGGAACCAUUGCCAUGGAUAGCGCCCUUUACAGUAAAGCUGCUGACCACUUCACUGCAGCUGUCAAGGCCGGCGCUUUCUUUGCUACAUUGGAUAUCCAUUCUACUCUUUUCGGCUGGAACCUCAAGUCCUUGUGGCAAAUCGCAAACCAGCAACGCUACUACGCACUCGUUCGGUCCGGUCAAGUUGGUGCAGCCCUCGAAGCGUACCGAUACAUGAUGGACAUGAGCGAUGAGACCACGAAGGCCAUCUUCCUUGCUUGGGCCAAUAGCAAGUCGUCGGUAAUGUUACCCGUGCUACAACUCUCAGUGCCACGAUCCUCACCCGCAUUUGCUUAG